AUGUCCCCUCCCCAACAAGCUCCGGGCAGCCCAUCUCCGGGCUCUCCGUCACAUCCAACCCAGGAAGAACCCCCCAAUCAGGUCCAGGAUCCCAAAGAACAGGGAGAAGUCAGUGACAAGGAAGAGUCGGGCCAAGCAUCAGAGUCAGAGUUAGCGUCAAGGUCGAGAACAGAGAAGGACGCCACACCCACCUCAGAACAAGGACAUGGACAGGGACAGGAGCUGUCCAAGGAAGAUGCCGAGGCACAAAAACAAGAACAACCACCCCUACCGGACGAAGAAGCGCCGCCGCUCCCCGACGAGGCCGCCCCCGGGGACGACGACGGCUGGGAACCCGUCUGGGACCCCUCCGCCCAAGCCUACUACUUCUACAACCGCUUCACGGGCGUCUCGCAGUGGGAGAAUCCGCGCGUACCCUCGGAGCCGCAACCCGGCGUAGACGACGACGCCGAGCCUUCCGCCGCCCAGUCCGCUGCCAAGAAAACCCCUGUAGCCGGGGGGUACAAUCCCGCGAUUCACGGGGACUACGAUCCGACGGCCCCGUAUGCGCAACAGUAUGAGCCUGAGGACCCGGCGGCGGCGGCUGGUGCGGGAGACCCGACGCAGUCGUACGACGCGACCGGGUCGUUCAACCGGUUCACGGGGCGGUGGCAGUCCGACGCGCAGAACCCAGAACAGCAUAAUGAUGAGAAUAAGUCGCGACGGCAAAUGUAUGCAUUUUUUGAUGUGGAUGCGGCGGCCAACACUCACGACGGGCGAAGUCUGCGCGCGGAGCGGAGUGCGAAGAAAUUGAGCAAGAAGGAAUUGAAAAUGUUCAAGGAAAAGCGAAGGGAGAAGAAGGAGGAGAAGCGACGCGCUUGGUUGAGGGAUUGA